UGGUUCUAGUAACAAAUUAUGUUACUGCAAAGCUUGGCUUUAUUAAACUUGGUGAAAACAGCAAUGAAUUAAAAACAAUAGUAGAUAAAACUGAACAACAUUUUAAUGAUUGUCAAAAUUUUCAUGUUGUGUAUAGCCAAGAAGAAAAACUUAAAAUACUAGCUCUUGGAUCAAAUUCUACUUCGUCUCAAUCAUCUAAUUAUGGUCCUUUAGAUAAUUUUGUUGCCAGACCUUUAUCUAAAGCAGAUAAUGAAGUUUUUCAUAAACUUAUAUUAAAAGCCACUAUUUCUUGUGGUUUUCCAUUAUCUUGGGUGAAUAAUCAAGAAACAACAGAAUUAUUUAAAUUUCUCAACCCACAUAUCAAACUACCAGAUAGAAAAACCCUUUCCACUAAACUAUUGAAUGAUGCAGUUAAAGAAUAUGAUAAUGUCAUGUUAGAAAAAUUAAGAUUAGAUCAAAUAGGUGUCACACUUAUGUUUGAUGGAUGGACGAAUGUUAGGCAACAAGAAUUAAUGGGAUGUGUUCUUUUGAUGUCAGAUGGAGAACCAUGUUUCAAAAAUACAUCAGGCAAUGCCUUAAAAGUGUCUGCCUAUUUUAAAGAUGCUAGACAUAAAUAUUUCAUUGGCCAACUUCAUGAUAUUCAAAAAGAACUUUAUAGCAAAUAUAUUCAACUUGCACUUCCAUGUAAUACCAGGUGGAACAGUCAACAUAAUUGCUUUAAAAGUUUAAUUGCUACUAAAAAUGCUUUACGUUCUUUGGCAAUAAAAUUUGAUCCUUCUUCAUCAACGAAUACAUUGAAAAUUUCACAUGAAAUGUAUUGUAUUAUAAUGAAUGAAUCUUUUUGGGACGAACUUUUAAAAUUGGAUCAAAUUUUGAUUCCUUAUUGCAAUAUUUUGAAUAAACUACAAAGUGACAAGGCAAGAUUAUAUGAAGUUUUACAUUGUUAUGCAUAUUUGUAUCAAUUUUGGAAAAGUUAUUCUGAUGAACUCUUGGCCAGUAGAAUAUUAUCAAGAUUGGAAAAUAGAUGGAGUUUAUGGGAACAACCUCUUCUCAUUCUUUCUUGGCUUCUUCAUCCUUUUGAAAAUAAUAUUCACAAAUAUUGGUGCUGGGUUCAGGAUGCCUAUCCAGAAAUUGGAAUUGUUGCAGCACCUAUUUUUGGUAUUUGUAUUAAUGCAGCUUCAGUAGAACGACUGUGGAGUAGUAUGGGAUUUUUUCAUUCAAAAAAUCGAAAUAGAUUGGAGUUCACUAGAGUCUUAGAAAUGGCAAAAUUGAAGGCUGGCAUUACAUAUAAUCAACUUCUUCAACAAGAACUUUCUUUAUCAAAUAAAGAAAUAAAUUUAGAAGAACAGAAUAGCAUUGAAAGAGAAAUGAUAUUGGAAGCUGAAUCUUCAAAUGUAAAUACUAACUUAAAUGAAGAAAGUUAUUUGGGUGAACAAAAUGAUGAACAGGAUAAUAAUAGUUUAGAAGCACAGUUUAAUAAUAAUUUGGGUGAGUGGAUAGAAAUUCUUCAAGAAGAAGAAAAUGAAUCUCUAAAUGAGCUUAUAAACAUUGAAGAUGAUGAAUUUUAUAACUUAGAUGUUCAAAGUAUUGAUCAUCCAGCAACAAGCUCCGAUGGGAAAUGGAAAUUGGAAGUUAUAUUAAAAAACGAUAUACAUUGUCCUUUUUAA